AAAGUGCUACAUUUGCUUUAACAGGCAAAAGAUAGUUUCGGAACUAACUGUAAACCCAAAUGAAAAUAAAAAUUCCACUUGCAUAUACAAGCUAAUGAAGUUAUUUGUAACUUACAUCCCUAUAACAAUUAACUUGAUGGAACUGACAAAAAUUCCAAGAAUCCCCGUUCAAAAAAGUAAGCAUGUGGAGUCUCAAAUACCAAUUUUCCCGAAUGAGCUUUUGAUCGAGUUAGUAUCAUUCUAUAAGGUUGUCAACAAGUUGAUUUUGGAGAACGAAGAGAUUCCAUCAGCAAUACAAUUUGAAUUUUUAAAUUCCUUUUUUAGCAGGGCUUACUAUCACUUGAAGAUUCACGUUCAAAGCGAAUCCGAAGAUUUCCCUCCUCCAGCUAUAUCCAAUAUCGAAUCUAAAUAAGCAUAUACCCUUGCAUAGUGUACCAUAGAGAUAUAUUACAAAAAUUUUCAAUAUAUAUUUGGCAUACUUUUUUUUUUGCAGCGACUCGACCCAUGCACGUGACUGAACUUACAAAAAUUUUUUUUUUUUUU